GACUUGACAACGUCGGAUAGAAGGCUCAACAAGUAAACACGUAAUUCCAAAAUACGUUUAACUGUAAAAAUGCCCUCAUGAAAAAACCACUCACAAUCAGGACAAAGUUAUGUAAAUAAAUAAAACUGUAAAUAUAGUCGUUUGCUCAUAUAAUAAAUCAGCUACAUAAAUAUUAAUAGCCCUGUUAACGCCGAACUUAGAUUAAGGACAUUUCCUCACAUCAUAACUAUUCAUAACUUUCUAAAGAAGCAAUCAUAUUAUCUAUUUGAAGAUAGUUUAAUUGCAGCUGCUAUUAUCAGGCGUAACCUUUUGCAAGUCAAUCGCAUUUCAAUAUUCAUAAGCCACAGAUAAACCGAAAUACAAUAUAUAAACUCAGCAAAAUAGCCCAGAAUUGACGCAAGAAUUGUGAAAAUGAGAGGGUUUAUUAUCGCCAUUAGUCUACUAUUCUAUAGCUGUCUUGCGGAUAUAGAAUCGAAUUUUUAUCGCGAAGAGCCUUGCGCUGCGAAGAAAGGCUUUUGCCUGUUAAAGAACGAGUGCCCUGGAGAGCUAGGCGGAGAAUGGGAGUCGCUUUGCGGCGCGCAAAAAUCCCUUGGAGCAGUUUGUUGCUCCAAUGUGAAGGCCCAAGAGCUCAACUGCUUCCAGCUCCAUAACACCUGCUCAGAAAAAUGCCCUCAAAGCCUAACCAUAGGGAAAAAAGGAUGUGCGGGGGACUCAGUUUGUUGCGCUUUAGUGUAGAGUAACUCUCUGGAAAAAAUAAAACUCCCGUUUUAUUUCGA